AUGGGCCGAUGGAGCCGAUGUCUGUCAGCCCUGAUUCUGGUUUUGGCGCUCGGGCCCUACAGUUCGGAUGCGUGCUCCUGUAUGCCGAUGCAUCCUCAGGAACAAUUCUGCAAAGCCGACUACGUGAUCGUGGCGCGGGUUAUGAAAAGGCAUUUCACCCAUAGCAAUGAUCAAGUAGUUUACAAGCUCCAAAUACUGCAAGAAUACAAGAUGUCGGAGAAAGCUCCGCACUAUUUGAAGUCCGGCCGAUUGGUGAGCUCCAGCUCGGACAGUAUGUGCGGUGUCCAGCUGCAGGUUGGCGAAACUUACGUGAUUAUGGGAAGGAACCGAUCACUUCUGUCGUUGUGCGACUUCUAUAGGCCUUAUAGAAGUCUCACGACCGUCAUGAAGCGAGGCAUUCUAGGGAUGUACGCGAAGGGCUGCCAAUGUCCGAUCAAGACCCUGAUGCGCGCAACGAACGAGAGCAACCGCCUCGCCUUCGAUUCGUGCAAGUGGAACUUCCUGAGCGGCAACUGCGAGGGCGACUAUGGCAUCUGCAUUCGGCGCGAGGACCAAAUCUCGGGACGGGUCACCUGCCACUGGCGACGAAAUUCCUUCUAUAAAAAGUGCAAGGCUCUUCAGAGCUAUCCAGAUCCGUGAACUACGUCUAUCGAACGAUAAAUGAUCAACUGGUAAUUAUAAAUACUUCUUCAUCGUGGGCAAGCAAAAUAUAUUAUUGAAAAUCGAACCGGGGCUCAGUUGGAAGGUCUUUAGUUAAAGAGCCUUUAUCGCAACAAAAUUAUUGGCGUAUGUCGGUGGAUUAAAAUAA